CCUUGAUGAUUUUCUUUCUUCCGUUGACUAUAAAACAAGAAAUUCUACAGAAUGUUGGAAAUCAACAUCCUUUGACAUCUAAUGUAGGAACAAAACUAUGGAUGUCAAUGGCUGCUGUCAUUCUUCAGCAUAUCUUCCUUUGUGUUUAAGAGAAGAAAGAAACUCAAACAGGUUUGCAACAUGUGGAGAAGGGCAAGUAAAUAAGUGUAUCCAUGUCAAAGGUGUCUUUAGGUAAACUUCUACUCCGAAAUGUCAUCAGACACACAGAUGCACAUAACAAGAUUCAAGAGGAGUCUGAGAUGUGGAAGUUGAGGGAUCUUGAACGACAUACCUCGUCCACUCAUUUCCCAAAGCACAGGGGCAGCAUGCAUUGUGACCGCUAUUUGGACGACUCAGAAGGGUCAACGAGAGACCGGCUGGGUGAGCGGAGAGACGAUGUAUCUGAGAGAGAUGAGAGGGAGGCACGAUACUGGACACGCAAACUGUAUGAGUUUGAAGCCAAUGAUCCUGACAGGUGGGGCCACAGUGGCUUUAAGGAGCUUUAUCCAGAAGAAUUUCAUACAGACAGAGAGAAAGCUUGCAGUGAUAGUAAACAUAGAAAGAAAAAACACAAGAACAAACUGAACGCUGACUUGGAGAAAUCUUCCAAGAAGUCAUCUAAGAAGAAGAAAAGGAAGAAAGAGAAGAAGAAAAGGAAGACGGCGGCGCCUGGCUCAGAGACCUGCAGUGAUGCAGAGGAGACCGUGAGGAGGAAACAGAGGAGAAAGGGGAGUAAAAGCAAACAUAAGAAAAAAGAGCACAAAAACAAAGACAGAACUGAGGACAGCAGCACAGAGGACAGCCGUUCAGACACAAAGCCAAAAACCCACAGGAAAAGAGAGUGUCCUGAAACAGACACACUGACUGAGCCUCAAAGGAAAAAGAGGAAAAACUGGAAAGUAGCGAACGAGGAGAGAUCAGAGGAGAGCUCUGAUGCUUGACCUUUCAGCUCAACUACACUCUGCUUUUAAAAAUGUGCAUCAUGUUCAUUUUGCGGAGACUCUUGCUCAUUCAUCUGGAGUCAGUAGAUCAGUGUUUAUCCCUCAUUGAUGGCUUUUUUCCACCAUGUUGGCAUCCAGGAGAACUUGUCUGAUUUUAUGAGGUUAUUUUCAAUUUUUUUAACCAUUUUCUUAUUAUGCUUGUUGUCAGACUGAAACAUUUUAAAUAUAAUAGAAAACUCAGGGAAUUCUGUAACGUGUCUGAUUUUUAUAAAUAUUCUUGUAUUCAUGUCAUACUUUCAUACUCAAACCUGCCAGUCACAAUAAUACAGUGUAGUUUUGUUUUCCAAACAGCAUUAGUGUUUGUUAAAGGGACAGUUCACAGAGAAACUUAAAUUUGCUCUUAAUUAAAAAAACGUUAUGGAAAA